GGCUAAGUCAAAGGCAUGGUUUCCAGAAGAUGAGGAGUGGAGUCUCCAGGGUCCUCUCCCCUCCCGGGACGGGCCAGCUCGUGCCCUGGGCCUCUCUUUUGGGUCCCAUUGUCUGUGUCCACUGUGGUCAGGCAUGGGGGGCUUAGGAGUGCUGGCCCCGAUUCCAGCUGUGUCUCUCCUAGCUGUGUCACCUUGGACUUCGGCCCCCUGGCCCCUCCCCGCAAAGCUCCUCGCCGCACCACCGAGGGUAAGUCAGGUGGUUCCGGUGGAGCGCUGCGACGGGGCCUGGUGGGGUUGGGGCCGGCUCUGCUGCUCCCUGGUCGUCCUGGACUUGGGCAUCCAGGGUUUUCGGGCCGAAGUCCUCCUCGUCCAUCAACUACAGAAAUGGAACAAGAAAAAGUCAACGGGAGUGAGCAGCUGCGUGCCGAGGCGGCCUCCUACCGCUGCUCCGCGUGCCAUGCGGACGAGGACCGGGGCCUGGGCCACCCCAUCCGGGGCCGCGCCAAGUCCCGCAGCCUGUCGGCCGCGCCCGCCCUGGCCAGCACCCGCGAGUUCAGGAGGACCCGCUCGCUGCACGGGCCGUGCCCAGUGACCACUUUCGGACCAAAGGCCUGCGUGCUGCAGAACCCCCAGACCAUCAUGCACAUCCAGGACCCUGCCAGCCAGCGCCUGACGUGGAACAAGUCCCCAAAGAGCGUCCUCGUCAUCAAGAAGAUCCGGGAUGCCAGCCUGCUCCAGCCCUUCAAGGAGCUCUGCGUGUACCUGAUGGAGGAGAACAACAUGAUCGUGUACGUGGAGAAGAAAGUUCUGGAGGACCCCGCCAUCGUGAGUGACGACCGCUUUGGGCCAGUGAAGAGGAAGUUCUGCACCUUCAGAGAAGAUUACGACGACAUCUCCAACCAGAUCGAUCUCAUCAUUUGCCUGGGAGGAGACGGGACGCUGCUCUACGCCUCGUCGCUCUUCCAGGGCAGCGUGCCUCCGGUCAUGGCGUUCCACCUGGGCUCCCUGGGCUUCCUGACCCCCUUCAACUUCGAGAACUUUCAGUCCCAAGUUACUCAGGUGAUACAGGGGAACGCGGCUGUUGUUCUCCGGAGCCGGCUGAAGGUCAGGGUCGUGAAGGAGCUCCGAGGGAAGAAGGUGGCCGUCCCCAACGGGAUCAGCGAGAACGGGGUGCUGGCCGCAGCCCUGGACGCAGAGGUCGGGAAGCAGGUCAUGCAGUACCAGGUCUUAAACGAGGUGGUGAUAGACAGAGGCCCAUCCUCAUACCUGUCCAACGUGGACGUCUACCUGGAUGGGCACCUCAUCACCACGGUGCAGGGCGACGGCGUGAUCGUCUCCACCCCGACGGGCAGCACGGCGUACGCGGCCGCCGCCGGGGCCUCCAUGAUCCACCCCAACGUGCCGGCCAUCAUGAUCACGCCCAUCUGCCCCCACUCGCUGUCCUUCCGGCCCAUCGUGGUUCCUGCGGGCGUCGAGCUGAGGAUCAUGCUGUCACCGGAAGCAAGGAACACCGUGUGGGUGUCCUUCGAUGGACGAAAGAGACAGGAGGUCCGCCACGGAGACAGCGUCAGCAUCACUACCUCUCGCUACCCGCUCCCCUCCAUCUGUGUCCGCGACCCCGUGAGCGACUGGUUCGAGAGCCUGGCACAGUGUCUGCACUGGAACGUGCGGAAGAAGCAAGCCCACUUCCCAGAGGACGAGGAGGACGCGGACGAGGAGGAUGGGGCGGGGCGGGCCGGGAGCGCUCGGGACGGGCGGACCUGA